AUGGAGACUUCUACUCUACCCCUAGAUACUGUUACAAUUUCACUUCCAACCUAUCAAGUGUUGAGUUUCAAUCAACUAUUGGUGCAUUUCUUUGCUAUUAUUUUUCCCGGUGCAUUCUUCGCAUUUGAUACAAUUCUUCUAAUGUCUUCUGUUAGUAGCCGACGCGAUUCAUCGAUUCCGUUAGCUUACAUAGUGGUUAUGUGUCUUCGCGGGAUGAUCUCAAAUUUUGUUCUUGUUCUUCAAUACUUUGUGAAUCUGAUAACUACAGUAGAAGGAUACGAGGAGUUCUCGAAAUUGCUGGGACGUGAAUUCACGUUAUUGGGUACUUUUUCAUAUCUCAUUGCUCUUGUUGUCAAUGUAUUGAUGAGUGUUAAUCGAGUAGCAGUUGUUGCGAAACCAAUGAAUAUGUGGUUCAGCAACACCAGAGUUUUUAUAUUUUGUGGAAUAAUUGCAAUUAUAAUACUUAUCUCUCUCAUCAUCCCAUACCUCAGUUCAUGUUAUGUGGUUUUCAUGGUAAAUCGAUUGGCGUUUGUAUCAGGAUGUGCUCCAGCUCGUCAUCCGAUCACUACGUUUCAAAAUACGUACACAAUUAUUCUCCCAUUCUCAUGUAUGCUUGUGAACUUAGGCAUCAUUUUUCAUCUUCGAUUUGUCCGCAACAAUUCCUAUAUAAUUUUCUGGCACAAAAUCAAAAGAAAUGAACCAAUUCGAAACACAUCACAACCAAUUUUCUUUUCAAAACAAAGAGCUCGACGGGAUCUUAUGAUGAUCCGGCAAACGGUAACCAUGGCAAUUUAUCUGUCUAUCUAUGAAUUCGGAGCAUUCAUUAUCAAGGUUUUCCCGGAUUUGUACACUGAACUAUCUCCGACUGGAAAGCAAGUGUACUUUUAUGUGAGAAUGCAAUCAAUUCCAUUGAUGAAUUUUCUCAUUUAUUUCAUCGAGACUAAGAAAACAAGAGCAAUGGUUUGUCGGUUUUUGAAAAAAGGAGCAAAACAGGAUUCGAAUUUGGUCACGGUAUCACAUCAUCGCACAGUGUCAGGACCACAAGGGAAUACUGCAAUGGUUACUAAUUGA